UUAGCCAUAACUCUUAAAGACUACACAUGUGAGUGCAAACUAAUUUAUACUGAAGUAUUCAUUAACGAAUAAUUAUGCAUUAAUGCAACAAUAAAUAAUAAAUAUAAAUCUGUAUUAAGUAAUUAAUAAAGGUAAGUGGGGUACGUGUAGUGGUGAAUUAAAAAAAAAACAUGGACUAAGGGUUGGAGUUAUUAUCCUUAAAAACUAGGCUCUAUCUCAGUAGCUCCAACUAUUAUAAAGACUUGGAGAAAGGAGAGGGUGUGUGUAACCAUUUGAAGUCUGAGAACACAUUCUUGAGGAGACCAUCCCAUAAUGGCCAUCAUCAAUCACCUUCUUCGUUCCACUCUCAGGUCUCAGUCUGUCGCACAUGAAUAUGUCAUCCUAGCUCCCUUCCUGUCCCGUUUACAAAGUACACAGGCUUCACCACACAGAGAGGAUUCAGGGUUUAAGGGGCAUGAUAUGCUUGCACCUUUCACUACAGGAUGGCAGUGCACAAAUGAAAAUCCACUAGUUAUAGAAAGAUCAAAGGGUUCAUAUGUAUAUGACUCUAAUGGAAGGAAGUACCUUGAUUCUCUUGCUGGUCUAUGGUGCACAUCCUUAGGGGGAAAUGAACCACGACUUGUGGCAGCUGCAACAAAACAACUAAAUACCUUGCCGUUUUACCACUCCUAUUGGAAUCACACUACCAAGCCUUCAUUGGAUCUGGCAAAGGAACUACUUGAAAUGUUUACAGCUAGAAAAAUGGGGAAAGUCUUUUUCACGAACAGUGGUUCAGAAGCCAAUGACACUCAGGUCAAGCUGGUACGGUACUAUAACAAUGCACUUGGAAGACCAAAAAAGAAAAAGUUCAUUGCUUGCUCAAAGGCCUUCCAUGGUUCAACAUUAAUAGCAGCCAGUCUUACUGGUCUUACAGAUUUGCAUCAUAAGUUUGACAUUCCAGCUCCAUCUGUUCUGCACACUGAUUGUCCACACUUCUGGCGUUACCAUCUUCCAGGUGAAACAGAGGAAGAGUUCUCAACCAGAUUAGCCAAAAACUUAGAGGAUCUUAUACUCAAGGAGGGACCAGAGACGAUUGCUGCGUUCAUCGCUGAACCUGUCAUGGGCGCUGGUGGUGCUAUUCUUCCACCUACAACUUAUUUUGAGAAGAUCCAAGCUGUACUCAAGAAGUAUGAUAUACUUUUUAUUGCUGAUGAGGUAAUGUGUGCCUUUGGAAGACUAGGGGCAAUGUUUGGAUGCGAUAAAUACAAUAUUAAACCAGACCUUGUAUCUCUUGCAAAGGCACUUUCCUCGGCGUACAUUCCCAUAGGAGCUGUUCUCGUGAGCCCCGAAAUCUCUGAUGUCAUUCACUCUCAAAGUGACAAGCUAGGUUCCUUUUCUCAUGGGUUUACUUAUUCUGGACACCCCACAGCAUGUGCUGUUGCACUUGAAACUCUCAAGAUCUACAAGGAAAGGAAUAUUGUGGAGCAAGUAAAACGCAUCUCCCCAAGGUUUCAAGUUGGCAUAAAAGCUUUCUCUGAUAGCCCUAUCAUUGGAGAGAUAAGGGGGACUGGCUUGGUGUCAGGAACAGAUUUUGUAGACAAUAAAUCACCGAAUGAUCCAUUCCCUCCUGAAUGGGGAGUUGGAGCAUAUUUUGUAGCUGAAUGUCGGAAAAAUGGUUUGAUAGUACGUCCUGGAGGGGAUACUAUAACGAUGGCUCCACCAUUUAUCAUCUCCCCUCAAGAAGUUGAUGAGUUAAUCAGCAUUUAUGGGAAGGCACUGAAGGCUACUGAAGAGAGAGUGAGGAAAUUGAAGGCUCAGAAGUAGCUGCAUAUGGUUACAACAAACGGCCUGAAGGAACCGGAUCCUGUCUACUCUAAAGGAACAAAUAAAUCCUUCUCCGUGGUGGCCAAAUGCUUGAUGGUGAUGAAUAGUUAAUCGGCUUUUGUCUAAGAUAUGAGUGAUAUGCCUGAAAUCUCGUCUAAGAUAUCAAGCUGUUUCUGAACUUUUAAGUUAUAAAAAGCCUUGGAUGUUGAAUAA